UCCAGGCCAACUGGAAAGUCUGCAGGGACUGUUCAGUAGAAUCAUAAAGGUCGCUGUCUGGCACGCCGAGUGUCAGGCAUGUGAGGUUCGUAUACUGAUUAGCACCCUCUGUUGAACAGGAUUUUGGAACUUGGAGCAUUUCUGAGCCUGAUCGACUCAUCGGUCACCUCAUGGAAAAUUUCAACUUCACCACCUCUGACUCCUCAAUCUUCAUCCUAACCGGCAUCCCUGGUCUGGAAGCUGCCCACAUCUGGAUUUCCAUCCCUUUCUCUAUUUUCUACAUUAUGGGCCUGUUGGGAAAUUUCACAGUUCUGUUUAUUGUAGGCAAAGAACAGACCCUGCACAAGCCAAUGUACCUGUUGCUCUGCAUGCUGGCACUCACAGACAUCACUACAUCUACCUCCUUCAUGCCAAAGACACUGUGUAUAUUUUGGUUCAAUUUGAAAAGCAUUACUAUGAAUGGCUGCCUCACCCAGAUGUUCUUCUUUCACGCAGUUUCUACUAUGCACUCAGCCAUCCUAGUGACAAUGGCCUUUGAUCGCUAUGUUGCCAUAUGUAACCCUCUAAGAUACGCCACCAUCCUCACCAACGCACGAAUAGCUAAGCUAGGGCUACUGGGUAUGAUCAGAGCUGUUCUCUUCAUUCUGCCUAUGCCCCUGCUUCUGAGCGGGCAGCCAUUCUGUGCCAACCACAUUAUCCCCCAUACGUACUGUGACCACAUAGCUGUGGCAAAGAUGUCGUGUGGGGACAUCACAGCCAGUAGAGCGUACGGCUUGGUGAUGGCAUUUGUAAUCAUUGGGUUUGACCUGACACUCAUUGGCCUGUCCUACGGUCUGAUCAUCAGGGCCGUUCUCAGAAUCUCCUCUGAAGAAGCCCACCAGAAAGCCCUCAACACCUGCACAGCCCACAUCUGUGCACUACUGAUGGCUUAUCCUGUUGGACUCUUCUCUACUCUGACACACAGGUUUGGUCAUGGCAUCGCUCCGCAUGUUCACAUCAUCUUGUCGAAUCUCAAUUACCUCAUUCCCCCCAUGCUCAACCCUAUCAUUUAUGGGGUCAAAACCAAAGAGCUUCGUGACAAAGUGCUCAAAUACAUCUGCAGAAUAUACUCAUUUUGUGGUACUGACUUUAAACCUGCAUGAGAAAAGAGGGUUUUGGAAAUGUACUAUGUUACCCUGGAUUUGAGGGGUGUUAACCCCAGAAUGUGAUCAAGCUAAUUGCAACCAUGUGAUGUUCACUGGCCACAAUGAAUUAAUAAUAUAGAACACCAUAUAGUUAAGUGUUGAUUGGAAACCAGGCUUUUAGAUGCAAGGUCAAAAUCUAGCAGGGAGUUUCUGCUAAUUGCGAUAGGAGGAGUGGACAGACAAGUAAAUAAGUGAGAAUGAGAGAAGAUAAAUGGGUGUGAUGAUCCAGUAGGGGUCACUGUGUUUUGUAGAAGUUAUAAAAUUUUAUUAAAAAUUAGCUAAUAUAUUGCACUUUGGAGCAGUCCUCUGAAGCCAUUUUGAGAGAACUUUUUCUGACACCAUUUCUCUCCAGUGGGUGACCAACAGGAACUGCAAACCUUCUGUUUAUUAUUCAAUACUGUUCCAUGUGUUAGGUCAAUAGCUGUGAUGUUCUAGACCUAUUGCUCAUGUCUGUAUGUGCCUCAAUCUAAUAAACUGUAGUGUUAGACAAGAGCAUGCUGAAUUUGCAUUUAAUCCUUGAUCAGACAGAAUUGCCGUGUUCCCAUUGAUUAAUUCCUGCCUGGAGUAAAAUAGUUACGUUGCCCCUGCUGGAAGUUCUGAAAACCCUGAGUUACAGACUGCUUUGUUAAACUACAACAUCACCUUGGAGUCAAAUAACUUACCGCUUUGUACAGUCGAUUUUGGAGUCCCUUUCAGCUGGAAAUUUCAAAACACACACUAACUAUUCCUGUUGGGAAAGACAUCAAAAGUAGGUGUCGAGAUUUCAUCUUGGAAUUUGUAAAAUACAUGAAACAGAGAUUUCCAUGAAAUGUCCAGGUGAUUAAAUUGCCUGCAGUACUAAAUCCUUCAGGACCUAGAUUGGCUGAUAUCUGAUUUUUACCAUUGCUUUGUGGAGACCUUGGACAGUUGGAGCAAUGGUGGAGAGUUAUGCCUAUGGUUCUUGGCCUCACUCUCUGAACAACCAAGUAAAGCACUUUUAAGGUGAAGGUCUCAAACACAUGGAUGCCACAGAGGACAAAGACUUUAGUUAACUUGACUUGUUUGCUCUUGCAUUGCUGUUGCUACCUUUUGGGAACGUUACAGCUGACAGACUGUUUUCUCAGAUGAACUUUAUAAAAACAAAACUGUGCAACAAGAUGCAACCGGAACUUUCAGAAAACAUUUAGAAUACACUGUUCCUGUUAGUGCAUAGAUGCAAGGAUGCCAAAUCUGUUGUGAAGAGUUUGCACCAAUGUAAGAAAUGAUUGCACUGGUCACUGCUUUGUUUUGGGCUACUUCUGGCCUAUUUUUAACACCAUUAUUCACCAUUUUUUAUUUGAAACGCCUGCCAACCCUCAAUCGGGAUACAAGUACCAGUACUGUGUGUUUGAUUUUGAAUGUAAUUGUCAUCUCAUAGCUUCAUUGGUAAAGUGGACAAACUCCUGUUGCAGCUUGUAGGUUUUUUAAAAAUCAAACUUUUAGUAGGUAUCUAAUGAAAGCUUUUAUUUGUAAUUCAAUAUACAGACCAAUGUAUUAAUGAAAAAAUAACAACCUUUGCUUCAAGAAAUAGAGUGGGCUACUUUGGGAUUCGUUUUUAAGUGAUUUGGGGCUAUUAAUUCAGUAGAAAACUGGCAAACCUGCCCACCUAAACCUGGGCUGGAGGCAGAGCAGCGGUGCUGAGGCGGCUCUGAGGAGCUGCAGCUGGAGCAGACCAAAACUGCGAACGGUGAUGGCAAAAACCAACUGUGCCAACUUGGAACCAAGGCUGAGCUCCAGGGGGCAGCUGUGGGGACAGAACCAGGCAGGAGGCCUGGGACAUGAGAGGAACUGAUAGUGAUGUGCCCGUGCCUACAGAGCAGGUUCCUUGUUUCCUUGAACCAUUCCCAUAUUUUCCUUAUUUGUCUUAUAGUUGCUGUUUAAUAAAUUAUAUUUGGUUACAAUUUAAUUUAGUGAUCAGUGGGUCAGGGAAGCAUCCGGGGUGGAGAGAGUAACCCAGAGUGAGGAAAUCCUAGCCCCUCUAGUAAGUGACCAUGAUGAAACUGGGGUUUUGGCCUCCCAGGUGUCCUGGGCCCAGCUGUGUUGCCAUUACAAGGACUCUGCCACACAGGAGAGUCGAGGGAGAGUCCUUGAGGUCAGGCAGGCUUCUGGGUAAAGUGAUUGUGAGUGGGGACUCAGACCGUUUCACUAGUCAAUUCCCCUGGGGCAAUGUAGAAGCCAGGAAAGUUCCCUGCAGUAGUUCCCCAUUUACACUGGGGAACUGGGACAAACUGAUGGGUUGGAAUUUAGUGAUGUGUAACAAGAUAUGUAACUUGUGACAUCAUCAUAUAAUUGAUAAAACUGCAAUCUGUGACUUUGGGGAGCCCGCUUUCUGUGUAAGGUGAAUAUAAGAACAUAAGAACGGCCCUACUGGGUCAGACCGAAGGUCCAUCCAGCCCAUUAUCCUGUCUUCUGACAGUGGCCAAUGCCAGGUGCCCCAGAGGGAGUGAACCUAACAGGUAAUGAUCAAGUGAUCUCUCUCCUGCCAUCCAUCACCAUCCUCUGACAAACAGAGGCUAGGGACACCAUUCCUUACCCAUCCUGGCUAAUAGCCAUUAAUGAACUUAACCUCCAUGAAUUUAUCUAGUUCUCUUUUAAACCCUGUUAUAGUCCUAGCCUUCGCAACCUCCUCAGGCAAGGAGUUCCACAGGUUGACUGUGUGCUGUGUCAUCAAAUCCAAGUUGGAGCCUGGCAAAUACUCAGUUGGGGAACUCUGGUCUUAAGUGUUGAGAAAUAAGGACAGUAACACUGAAUUACUGAACACGACAAAGCUGUUAUCAUACGUGCACAGUAUACCAGUCAGGAACUCAUACACAGAGCAUGUAUUUUUAAUCAUGAGAGAUGCAUGGACCAGUGUCCAUAAUCGAAGGGGCAUAGAUUUGGUGCGGUGUGCAGCCCUUGUCAAAAUGAAUGUGCGGAUGAGUUGCAAAGAUUUUUACUGCUUUGUGAUUUCCCAAAAACAAGUCAUGACUAUGGCAAAGUUGUCAAAGAAGUAUGAGACUGCCUGCACAUCUGACAGGUAUGCAAAUUGUGA